UAACUGGACAGGCGAGGAGGUGAUCGAGUGGCUCAUCAACUAUGUCGAGUUACCGCAGUACGAAGAGCACUUCAGAAAGCUGCACAUAAAUGGACACGAUAUGCCGAGGUUGGCUGUGAAUAACCUCACCCUGGCAUGCUCCUUGCUCAAAGUGAACGAUCGCAGUCAUCGCCAGAAGUUACAGCUGAAGGCUUUGGACACUGUGCUGUUUGGACCACCCCUGUUGACUCGUCACAACCACCUCAAGGAUUUCAUGUUGGUGGUUUCCAUAGUGAUUGGUGUUGGUGGCUGCUGGUUUGCCUACAUCCAGAAUCGUUACUCCAAAGAACACAUGAAGAAAAUGAUGAAAGAUCUGGAGGGACUGCAGAAAGCAGAGCAGAGUCUGCAUGACCUGCAGGAAAGGCUGCAGAAGGCACAGGAGGAGCAUCGAUCGGUUGAGGUGGAGAAAGUCAAUCUUGAGCAGAAGCUACGGGAUGAGAUCAAUGCAGCAAAGCAGGAAGCCCAGCGAUUACGGGGACUGCGGGAAGGCACGGAGAACGAUCUGAGUCGGCAGAAAUAUGCGGAGGAGGAGUUGGAACAGGUACGGAUGGCCCUGAAGAAAGCGGAAAAGGAAUUGGAAUCACGUGGGAGCUGGUCCCCACCUGAAACCCUCCAAAAGUGGCUGCAGCUGACUCAUGAGGUGGAAGUGCAGUAUUACAAUAUCAAGAAGCAGAGUGCUGAGAGGCAGCUGAACAUUGCUAAAGAAGGGGCAGAGAAAAUAAAGAAGAAGAGAAACACAUUGUUUGGAACCUUUCACGUGGCACACAGUUCUUCGCUGGAUGAUGUUGAUCAUAAAAUACUAUCGGCAAAGCAGUCUCUGAGUGAGGUUACAGCAGCUUUACGGGAGCGCCUUCAUCGAUGGCAGCAGAUCGAGAUGCUGUGCAAAUUCCAAAUUGUCAAUAAUCCUGGCAUCAGUGCCCUGCACUCGGUGCUGAACGUGGAUCCAAGCUGGCUUGGACAGGCGCGGUCCACUCCCACACACUUCAUCCUUACUGAUGAUCUAGACGAUAUGGAGGAGGAGUUGGUAACUCCAGUCACUCUCCAAUCUUCCCUCAGCGUGCACCCAUCUGUUCGCCAGCGUCAGGUUGACUCUCAGCACGCUGCUGGCUCCCAGAGGUUGGUAGAAGGUUUUAUUCCUGGGCAAAGUGAAUCUCUCCCAUGGAGCAACAGGGCAUCUCUCCGCCGUAUGCAAAGUCUUUCCUAUAUCUGUCCCUGCUCUGAUGUGUUUGGACCUGCCUUAUCCUCCUGCACUCAUUCUCACUGCUUCCAUCAUCCCUCUCACCAUCUGGAAACCAUUCCUGACCUUCCCCCUCCUGAUGUCCUUGAUGUCUCCACUGGGAUCCGCGUGCGGACUAGAAGUCAUGGGGAGUUAAACCGCUCUGAUUCCGAAUCCUCCAUUUCUCAGUCCAGUGAUCAGCAACGUCUUGCCAAUCCUUCGGGAUCUCCCAGUGCCCUCCUACACAGCUCUGGAUCCAGGUCUGCGCCAUCCAAGCCUACCUCCCUCCUCAAACUGACAGAAGAGAGCACCCUGAGCGAGAGUGUGGUGUCAGACUUCAACAUCCCCAGCCCGAAUGGCAGCAGCAGCAGUAAACAGGCUGACUCACUGAGCAGCAUGUGUUCUGAGAGCAUAUCGGAUAGUCCCGUGACCGGCAGGAAGCCUUACCCCAACCGGGGCCUGGAGAAGUCAGCUAGUCUGGGCGAGAUCCACCGCGGCACAGAGGGUUUGGUCCUCAGCCCCUCUGAAUCCUCGCGCUCGCUCAGCCCCACAUCCACUGACCCCGAGCCCACCGUGACCGACACCAAAAACGGCAUUAAGGGAACCAAAAUCCCUCAGCUAUCCUCAAAAAAGUCUCCAGUGGAGGAGGACAGCACGUCAACAGGUGAGGAGACUGAGCCCAACCCUGGCAAAAAGAAACCAGGAUUUAAGCUGUUCAAGAAAAAGAACAAAUAAGUCGGGUUGGCCUGGGGAGCUGGCCUUUUCCAAGCAGGAGGUCUGCACACAACUGAACUGAACUGAGAAAACUUGUAGACACCCAGCACUUCAGGGACUCAGUUUAUCCUUUGGUCAAGCUUUUUACUAGAGCUCUUUGUCCCCAGGGAAUGGAUUUUAUUUAAUCUUAUUUAUUUUACAGACUGGUGUUCCUCAUUUCUAAGCUUCUCCCAAGUUGAUGAAGAAGGGGAACUGUGAGGAGCUUCCUGCUUUUUGGGACAUCUCUCUCUAUCCUGCUGCAUGCGUUGUUUCCCAGUGCCUGAACUGUAUCAGGGCAGCAUGCACUCGCAUUGCUUCUGCAAAAAAAAAAAUUAAAUAUUUUCAAAAGGUUUCUGUGGAAGGUUUGAAAACCUUAAGGUUUGAAGAUGUAGAGAAGUUUGAUGUAUCUUCUCCAAAGGUCUGAGUUACAAAGCUUGUAAAUGACUCAGUAUGACUCUACCUUUAAUAAGUGACUGGGGAUGGGAGUCACGUCUAUCACAGAGGCCAGUGCUUUCCUUUCUGUCCAUUUGCUAAUGUUGGUUUGCCAGUGAGUGGCUUGCACAUGCUGUGGCUGUGUGCAGUCACACUUGGUUGAAUAGUCGGUCUCUGAUUAAAAGUGGAUGUGUCCAGUCAGGAAUACUGGGGCUGAUUGUGCACCGUACUUUGAAGCAGGUUGACCUGCCCAAGCAGAGUCCAGGGAAACCUGACUGACUGACUGACCCAGUCUGCUGCACUUACAGAGCACACCCCCUUCAAAGACCUUCCCACCCCUCCACCAUCACUGCGCUGAUGGCCCACUCUGAGAAAGCUUGGGCCCAGUCUGAUAACAAGACAAGCAGUGCCGUCACUCUUUCUAGCCCUUGCUACCCCCCCUCUAAUCCUCACUCUGUUGUUAAUCUCACUCCAUCCCCCCUCUCCCCAUGUUAAUCUUUUUGAACCUUCACUCCCUGAGUGGGAUUACUCUCUCCAACCCUCCAUGUUGUUAAUCUCACUUUAACCCUCAAUGCUGUCACUGUUACUCUUCUGCUGUUGUGCUAAUAAUCUCUGACCCUUUCUCCCUGACUUGUUAAUUUAAGCACUUUGAAGAUAUUAUCUGAGUGACUCUUGAAUAUCCCUCAUUUGUGACUAUUCCUGAUAUACACAGACUGUGGGUUAUGUGUGCUACUCCCUCUUCCUGGUGGCUGCUGGAUUCUUAACAGCUGGCUGUGAUGGGUUGUGUCCCAGAUCUCCAAGUUCUGUCAUAGAAUUAGUUUCUCCUCCUGAGACUGUACUCAUUAAUUAAAAAUGAUUCUGCUGUGACUGAACUGCAUUCAGAAUGUGGGCAUUGUUAUCCUGAACUCAGCAGGUAGUUGGGAGAUUCUGGUUCCUGUCGAGAUUCUCAGUCGAGAAGGUGUAGACUGUACUCAUGUCUCACUGUGACAUUACAAUCUUCAGCACUCUUAGCUGGACGUAAACCCAUGAGCAGUACUCACUUUUACCAAAGUUUGUCUUUGAUAUGAGCCGUUGGUUUCCUGGGGCUAGGUUGAUAGUGUUAACCCUGGUGUGUGCACCUGUAUCCCUGUGUCUGUCUGUGCAUCUGUGUGUAUUACACUACCGGGGCAACACCAGCCACAGAGUAUGUCAGUGUAGACAGUACCCCUGUAAUGGGUGUACGCAAUCUAUCCUGAGCUGUGUUUGGGAAUUGUUCUGUUAUUGAGGCUGUGGUCAUCAAUGAGCUGAAAAACUGACUUUCAGCUUCUGAAAAUCUCCACAUUCAGAGAGUCGGUCAUAAGGUUGGUUUGGGCGCAACCCUGACUUAGACCUAGUUGUUUCUAAUCAUGUAUCAAGAACUUUGACUUUAAAUUGUGUGCGCAGGAUGCCUUUGAUGGACAGAGAGUGAGUCAGACAGACUCAGUGUAGUGGAGUGUGAUAAAAUAGAGUAGAACUGCAUUCAGCUCUGAGUGUGCAAACUGAAAAAACUGUGCGUGGGGGCACAUGUAUCUGUGUGUGUGGGCACAUGUGUCUGUGUGUGUGUGGGCACAUUUGUGUGCGUGGGCAC